CCAGAGUGUAAACUUGACAACGGCCCGAACCGCAAGGCUUUCUUUCUCCAAAAAUCAAAUUCUCACAUAUUUUUUUCAGAAUUCUAAAAUAAAAGCAUAAAGAUGUACAAAUUAGAUCUGCCUGUUGAUUACAAACAGGCGGCGGCAAUAGAACGCCGUCGCGCUAUGGAGGAAGAGAGAAAAACUCGUAUAUUUAACGCCAGAACGAGACAGAUUGGGGUUAGUACAUUUUUUUUUUUUUAAUUCUUAAAAAUUAAUCUGAUACUUCCUCCUCAAAUUUAUUUUAUUUUGUAAGUUUAAUUUUUUCCUAACAGUAUUUCUUUUAUAAUCAUAACUUUUUAAAUUUUUUUAUGUUUAAUUAAAUUGAAACACUUUAAAUUAAUUCUAAUGAUGUUUGACAUAGUUUACUGAAAUUAUAUGUAUGUUAUAAGUUAUAUGAAAAUUAUGAAAUUAUUGGAAUAAAAUAUGUUAAAAGUUGUUAGCCUACUAAGUUACUUUGUUGUAUGAUGCUUAUUAUGACACUUGUCAAUAGGGUCUCUCAUUUCCAAGCUUUUAGCUUAUUCUGGUGAAACAGGAUAAAACUGACUCUUACGCCAGGAAAUCCCACUAUGAUUAGCCUAAAUGAAAAUGGCCUAAUAAUGUCAAAUGUAGAAUAUUUUUAAAAACUAAAUUAACCUACAACUGAUAUGUUGGUUUUAGUGAGUGACUGUUUAAUGUAGCCAGUGACUUAGCCUUAUGGAGUGUUUGGGAAAUGGCAUCACAUCAACAAAAAGUUACUAAGUCAAGGCUUAACUAUUAGUAUUAGAUAGAAAACGAAAUAAGGGAUCAUUCAUAAAUGAUGUCGGGCAUCUAGGUUAUGGUUUUGGGUGGGGUGGGGGGGGGUAAUAAAUUUGUGAUGAUUUAUUUUAUGGUCUACAUUGGGUGAAAAAUUUGUGAUGAUAAUAGAGUGUUCAAAAUCGGUCUAAACGGUGUGACAUCCUUUUUUUAAUGGAAAGUUGUUUGAAAGUGUAAACUUUGUUUAAUUUUUUUAAUUUAAAGGGCUAUUAAAUAAGUGAAUUUCAUGGUUUAAUAUUACUUAAAAUUAUAACCAACUUUACUCUUUCUAAUGUGUUUAUUGCUAUUUUAAUUAUUGAAUUAUUUUUCAUAUUCAUGAUCUUCUUUAAUUUUUUUAAGAUUGACAAGCAGGCAAUUGAACAACAAGUUUUUGAUAAGAAACAAAUGGAAGAAUAUGAAAGGAAAAGGCAUGAGGCAUUUGGUAUGACUUUUUGAGGAUUUUCUUUUUGUUUUAAUGAUGGGCGUAGCCUAAAUCCCCAACACCACUGAGUUAAAACUCUUUCAAUAUUUGCUCUAGAACACAGGUUAAAGGCUAUCCAUAAAUGACGUCACACACAUUUUGCAAAAUUUUAACCCCCCAUCAUCACAAAUAGAUUCCAAUAUAUUGUCACAAACCUCCGCACUCCCCCCCCCCCAUAAAAAUCCAUCUGUCUACUACUGUCCUUUACAAGCCGUAAUAAAAAUUACCUCCCAUGGAUAUCGAAUUACUGCUCCUGUGUCAGAAACAUUUCCCUAGAACAGUGAUUCUUAAACAGGUGUGAAAGCAGAACCUGUAGUGCAUAAGACCCAGAAUAUAAAUUUCAUUUGCUAGUUGUUUCUGCCUUUAAAAAUAAAAUCAGUUUUAUGCCGUUUGAAAAGCUGCAGUAAAUGUUUUUUCUGAUGAAUUUUGCUAGUGGAUUAAUUAUAUUGGUAAUUUUUUUUCUUGUAUCUAGAAAAUUAAUGAAACAAAUUAAACAACAAUAAAUAAAUUAUUUAAUUAUUUUCAGUUUUUAAAUAUUAUUACUAUUCAAAUUAUGCAGGGGUGGAAAGGAUUGGGUGAUGUUUAAAAGUUGAGAGGAGAUGCAGCACUGCGACAAAUUUAAGAAUCCCUGGUAUAGAACAUUUACUAAAAGUCAUCAACCCCUCCAACCCCUCUCUCCGACAUUUUUUGUUCCAUCUUACUUCCUGCCAUGAUAGCCUCAAUUAUAUGAAUCCCGUCUCCACAUUUUGAUGUAAAUUCUGAGGACUGUCAAAGUCACUGCACCCUGACUGUCUUUCUCUGUGGCGUCCUGUACUUGAUCAGAUGCCAAAUAAUAUAAUUAUAAUUUUUGUAUAAAAGAAUAAUGUUAAAAAGGUCUGUAUUUUAGUGUUAUUUGUUUUUUUUUAAUUAUAUAUUCCGCUUCAUUGUGACGUCACAUUGCUUUAACCCCCCACUUUGGCUAUUUUGGAGAGAUGUCGCCAUGACGUCAUUUGUGUGUUUAUUAUAGUUUCAGUGAAUUAGGGUUCAGGUUGGGUUUAUGGAUACAUAUAGGGUUCAGGUUAGGUUUAGGGAUACAUUUUGGGUUCAGGUUAGGUUUAGGGAUACAUUUAGGGUAGGUUUAGGGACAGAGUUAACUAGAACUUUUAAUUUUAGCCAUUACCCCCCCCCCCCCAAACCUUCCCCAAAUUUGCAGGUUUUAUUUAAAGUAAUAUGUACUGUGGCGCCUCCAGUAAUAAACAACUAAAAGACCUGAAAUGAUACUCCUGGCUACAACACCCCCCACCCCAGAUUUAAAGAAAGAAAAGCAUAGAUAAUUGAAAUUCAAAAAUGGUUAUUGAAUAUAUUUAUUGGGAGAAUACACUUAAAAGCUUUAAAAAUAAAAGUGAUAAAAUAAAUUAAAUUAAUAGAAUCUUUAUUAUUAACAAAAGAAUUUCUUGAAGAAACAUUUCAUUUCAAAUUUUGGAGAAUUUAUACUUCAUUUUUUUAUCUGACAACAUAAAAUUGAAAGAUACGGUCUUAUGGGUCCCGUAAUGGAUUUUUAAAAAUGUUCUUUGAUGUGGAUAAUCCUUGUUUAAGAUAGGUUGUUGCAAAAGGCAGCAAUUAUUGAUAGCCUCCUCAUCUGCAUUUUGAAAGACAAUGCAGCUCUUUACAUUUUGAGGAUAAGCAGUACUGUCAGAAGGAAUCUGCCAUGGUUAUGAAAUUCACUGGUUGACACCCACAUAGGGGCAUGACUAGUUAUGGAAAAUAAUACAUUUGACAGUGCUGAAUCAAGUUGUUUUAUAACAGAUUUAAGUUAAAUAAAACAGUAUGGUACCACCAUAGAAGGGUGUGAUAAGAGAGUGUGACAUAGAACCAUAGUAGGGUACCACCAGAGCAGGUUGGCAUCAGAGCAGGUUGGCACCUAAGCAGACUUGGAGAAUAUCCAUGGGGAAGUCUGGAGGGGGAGACACCUUGAGAUAACUUUGUUACACCAACCCUAAUGAUGCCCAGAUAAAAUAGAAGACAAGGACACACUUUUUAUAGAAAACAGCAGGUGGGAUCAUGCUAGCUGGCGAGCCACUAGUCACAACAACAUAUUGGCCUGGGUGUGUUUCUCUAUUUCACUGGCCAGAUGUAGUGUUGUGACAUAAAAUUAUUUUUUGAAAAUGAACCCACUUUUUAUUUAACUUAAUUUAUUUCUAUUUUUGAGCCUUCAUUACCCCAAAGAUUUUCAUGUUUAACCCAUUUGGGGUAAUUUACCCUGGUUGGCUGACCCCUGCUCUAGACCAAUGUUAUCUAAACUUCCUAGUGUGAAUGUGAAUUGCACCAAGGACCAGUUCGUUAAUUAUUGUUCAAUGAAAAUUAUCUUGUUCAUGUUUGUGGACUAAUAACUGAGUUCAGCACUGGACUGCUCUUUAUGAUAACCCUCAACUGCUCGGAUACUGUUCCAUUUUAUCCCACAAAACUAUUUUAGAUUAUAUUGUAUUAGCUUAUACAUAUCGAUUUUGAAAAUAUUUUUCGUAUACACAUCAGAGCCAGUCAUUUAUGCCAUCUUAGCUACCAGGUGUGUUUUACUUUAUUAAAUAAUAAUGUGAAAAACUUCAUUAUAGUUUUAAUUGAUUUCCCACAGCAUUUAUCAUUUUAGUUCUAGAUAAUAUGGGAGAUAAAUAUGAAGCUAAUAGUGUUUUUUUGUGUGCUAAAAUGAUGGUUUAGUGUUUAUUUUGUGUUUCCUAAAAAAAUUAACCAUCUAUAAACAAUAAUUCAAAUAUACCAACAAUUCUGAAAUUUCUCUAAAUUAUUAUGCAUAUGAACAGUUAAAAGACAAAAAUGGCUGAUAUGACCCAAAAUUUAUGAGUGAACAUUUUUUCUAAUGUAUCUUUUUCUAAAUUUAAAAAUAUUAGCUGCUGAUGCCCUAAGGAAUGACAGAAUUGCAACUAUGCUACAGAAACGUCAGGAACAUGAUGUUCGUGCUCUUAAUGAGGCUCUAAAUGAAUUCAGAGCCCUCCAUCAACAGCCAAACCAGAGGAGAGAGUGGGACCUCUAUGACCCUGAUGCUCUAAAGAAAGACAAACCAGCUCGUGUCCAUGAUGAUGACCCCCGCUGUGGAAUUGCUAGUAUACAGAAAUUUGAUGGUGAGGACCUCAAUGGCAAGGUAAAUGAUGCUAACAAGUUUUGGUCUAUGAUAUUUUUUUUAAUGCUUUUUCUGUCAGCAAGCCCUGCUAGAAGAAACACAUUUUUUUUCUUUCAAGAAAAUAAGUACAAUUUAAAGCUGAAGAGCCAAAUAAAAAAUUUAUUUUAUAAGAACUUCUUUUUUUUUUUUUUUAAAUAAGGUGUUAGAGACAUUGUAUAUUAUGAAUUUUUUAACAUUUGUUUUAAUUAUUUAUAUUUAAAUGUUACAAAAUGCAUAACAUACGAAAUCAAUAACACUAAUUUUUCUGAGUAAGAAAAAUAAAAAAUUUAUUUUAUAAGAUUUUUUUUUUUUUUUUUUUUUAAAUAAGGUGUUAGAGACAUUGUAUAUUAUGAAUUUUUUAACAUGUGUAUUAAUUAUUGAUAUUUAAAUGUUACAAAAUGCAUAACAUACGAAAUCAAUAACACUAAUUUUUCUGAGUAAGAAGUUCAGAUACAAUAAAUGUAGUUAUUCUCUUUUAAUUUUAUGAAUAAUUGUUGGUCGUCUUUAUUUAACAAAAGUUUACAUUUUUUUCUGAAGUCAGUGAGCAUAAUUUUGUGUGUAUUGCUCAUCUUUUUCAUGUAAAGAGAUCAUUCAGUAUAUUAUUAGCACUUAUUUAAGAAGAUCGUGGUCAAAUAUGGAUGCUCCAGAAAGUUUAUAUCAAUAGUACAGCAAUUGCAUACUGGUAUGCAGGCUAGGGCUCGAGUAAAAUGGGGAGACAUCUAAACCAUUCCUUUGGCAUAUGGCAUCAAACAUGUUUGUGUCCUGGUUAAAACACUUUUCAUUCUCAUGUUUUCCUUCAUGGUGGCCGAUGCCUUCGGAGAGGGAGAGGUUGGAAUUGGUGUCAGAUACUGAACUGAUGUUAAAUUAUUCAACCUUAAGAAGCUACAUGCCAAAUACAAGGUCCUGGCAGACAUCAUCAGAGACUUCCUAAGUGCUGAUGAUUAUGCCCUAAAUGCUGGAUCAGAAGCUGAUAUGGAACACAGUUAACAACUGAUGAUGAGGUUAAACUUUGAAUUGCAAGAGCCCGUGCAAUAUUCAGAAAAAUGUCAUCACUAAAAUAAAAGUAAAUAAAGCGGAUGUACUUCCUAUACUUCUCUAUACCUGUGGAAUGUUGCCUAUCAACACCAUGGAAGAAAUUGAACCACUUUCAUGCAACAAGCUUCAGAAAAAUCUUAAAAAAUAGAAUCGCUGGACAGGGUCCCAGAAACUGAGCUACUCCCAUGUUGCCAAAUGAAUUUUGAAUGUUUAAAAAAUACAUUUAAACACAAAAUAGGAAAUUUACUCCCUACUAAUAAAGAAAAUUGAAAUCGAUUUAAAAUUUAGGUUGAAUUGCUUUGUUAAUAUUAAAAGCUUGAAAACAGUUCAGGUUUAAUUCUAAAACACACAAGGUGGCCAUUUAACUGUUAAUUUUAUGUAUGAACUUGUCAUUCAUUUUAAUGAUGGUAGACUUUGGUUAGCUUAUAAUCUAUGUAAUUUAUUAACAGAAAUGUAUUCUCCAAAAAAGAAUCCAAACAAACACACUAUUUUACAAUGCUUCUAAAUGUUAUAAUAAUAUAAUGUUAUCACUUCACUCCACGAAAUUUGACAUUGCAAUUUUUGAACUGUUUUUUUUAAUUAUUUUUAUUGCUCAGUCAUGUGUAAAGAGUUUAACUCUUUCAAAUGCUCUUCCAUGAGGAAUUUUAUCCUGGAAGCUUGGUGUGUAUGAAUUGUCAAAUAUAUCAAUAAUAUAAAUUUUUUUAUGGGUAAAGUAAGGUAAAGGCAAAUAUUUUUGUAUCUUUUCAAGGCUCGUAAGAAGCUUCAAAAUGAACAGGCACGGAAAUGGCAUGAGGCUCAAAUGCGUGAAAAGGAGAGAGCCCGUCGUAACCAAGAGGAAGCAGAUCGUCUUUAUGAAUUGAAGCAAAAGGAACUUGAUCAAAGAGCAAUGGAGCUCCAAGAAGCAGAAGAGCAAUGUAGAAAGGCAAUCAAUAUGGCUACUGCUUCAUAUAAUGAUGCAUUGGUAAGUUAAAUUUGUAGUCUCUGAUUUAUAUCCUAAAUGACUCUAUUAUAAGCCAUAAGCCUAGAUGGAACACUGCAUUUAAAUUUAUUUUAAUUCUUUAUUCCUAAAGUUUUUUGGUUAAAUUUGAACUCAUCAAAUUUAAAAUUUAUAGAUUUCAUUUCCCAUAAAUCAUUUUUUGCGUACAUUUUCCUUUCUUGUAAUAUUCAAAACGUCCAGCCACUAUUUGAAAAAAUGAAGAAAAGUUAUUUUUUUAAGCAUUUUAAUCUCAUAACUCUUGGAUUAAGUUCCAAGCACCCCUCUCACCACAGGAAACAUUUUGUAACCUCAUGUAGAAUUUAAAUGUUUUCAAUUAAACAUGUAAUGUCCCAAAAACGUAUAAUACAAUAUAAUUAAGUUAAAUUGACUUUUGUUAAAGUUAAUUAUAACUGUGUUUUGCAAGGUCAAGACCUCAUAAGUAUUUGUAACUUACAAGAUUAAUUAACUUACAAGACUUAGGUUUGGUUUUCUAUCAAGCCAUUGAAUGCAGUACUGUGAACACGAGGGGAAAAAACAAGCAAGGAUAAAAUACUUAUCUCCAACUGCUGCAAAUUUAUUUGUUGUUUAUUCUUAUAUUUUGUAAAACAAUGUAAAUUCUUGCAUUUUCAUUGCUUUGAUUUCUGUUAAGUACAUUAAACAACUAAUUUUUUUUUUUAAAAAGCAGUACAACAAAAUAAAUCAAUAAACUUGAUCAAGGAUCUGUGAUUUCAGUUUGUGAUGCAUUAUGACUUAUAACACAUAUUAAAUGACAAUAUCUUUUUAUUUGAAGAACAAUGAGCAAAUGGAACGGGAAAGGCUCAGGAGACAACAGGAGUUGGAUGACAACAUGACAGAAAUCGCCAAUCACGUAUUUGGGGACAUACUCACUGAGAAUCCUGCUGUUGCCCAGAGUGCCUUUGGCCCACAUCGUGUCAUCCCUGACAGAUGGAAGGGGAUGUCACCUCAGCAGCUGGAGGAGAUUAGGAAAGAGCAGGCCAGGCAAAGAGCAGAAGCUGAGGUAAAAAUUAAAAUGCUAUAGGUUGAAUUAUCAGCUAAUGACAAACAUAGCUUACAUGCUAAAAAAGCUUGUAAGUGCAGGUGGAUGUCAAGGAUUCUCUGUUUUUGUAAAGGUGUUUCACAAUCUACUGCAAUAAAUAUAUUAGGAUAAAUUGGGAUAAAAGUGUGAUAUUAUAUUUUAUCUACAGUUAGGCUAAUUUUCAAAAAUGGCAUACAUUUUGUUAUAUUAUUUAGAUAUCUCUUAUACACAUUACUCUUCUGGUGUGACUCAUAGACUGCUUCCAUUUCUGGCUGCUUCCUUUUUAGCAUAUUUUAUUUGGUAUUGAGAGUAUAUUACAAAUAAUUCUAAAUUUUUUAAAGAAGUAUUGUUCAAUAGUUUGUUCAUUAGCGCGCAAAAUAUAAUUCCCGAUAACUAUGCUAGAUAUAUUUUUUUUUUUUAAUAACGCAUCCGCAUUUGGUGCGUGAUAUUUUCUUUUCGGAAAAUGAAAUCGUCUCAAUUUAAGUAUGGUGUAAAAAAUAUUAAUUUUAAAAGUGGUUGGGACAUCAAAAUAUUUAAUAUAGUUCAUGGGGGUGAAAUAAAAAGUGUGCAGUGACGUAUCAUGGGAAAUUGGGAUUCUUAAAUGUGCGUUACUUGAGCUCAUGUUUUGUCAAGUAACUUUAGUAGAUGGGAAGUUCACUCAUUGCUGUCACCAAUGUUCGGCGGGCUAUAUCUAGUUAAUAUAAAAUUCUUUAAGGUUAGAGUUUCUGUUACAGGGAGAUCAUUGAAUAAUAUAUGUUGACCUUCCUUUGAAUAUCUGGCUCCAGAUACCCAAAUCUUCUUCACUAAAUCUCUUCAAAUAUAUGUGUGCUGUUGUAUUGCAAUAAAAUCCUCAGUCAAUUUCCAUUAACAAGUCUAUUAAACAAUUAAAAUUGUUUUUAAAAAAUGAGUUCUUACAAAAGGCUCUUAGAAAUGUAUUUUAUUGUCAUCUCUGAAUUAUUUUCAGCGCCUUCGACAGGAGGAAGAACUCAGAAACAGAGAAUUUGAACGCCAGGCAUCAGCCAAUGCCAGAGCAGCCCUCAUGGUUGAAAGAGAACUGGAACGCAAGCGCAGGGAACUGGAGAAGGCUCAGGCUGAUGAGAAUCGUCGUUUAGCACAGGAACAAAAAGCUCACUUAGAUUUCCUAAACAGAGAAGUGUAUACAAAUCCUCCUACAGCUGCCUACUUUAUGCAAUUUAACACCACAACUCGAUAAUUAAUUCCAUUUUUCCUAGUUAAAAUGUCCAAAUCAACUGUGAUAACAAAUGUUGAGUGAUUUAAUCAUGUCAUAUUAUAUGAAGGAUUCUUUCAAAGCUAGCUUCUUGUUUGUACAUCUUUUUUUUUAAAGAAAUAAUUUUUUAUUGAUCAAAAUAAUGUCUGAUAGCUUAAUAUUCUUUAUCGUUGCAAAUAUAACCUGGAAUAUUUUCAAAAUUUCAGGAUCUACUAUAAAGUUAGCUGAAAAAAUUAUGAUUUUAGAUCCUAUUUUUAAUGAUGAGAGGUGGGAAUCUUAUGAAUUUAUGCAGCAAACUUUGAAAUCUAAUGCAUCUUGAUAUUCACAUUUUUAUGCUGAUAUUUUGAGCUGAGCUUACAGUUACACCAUGCAGCUUAACUUGAAUAGUGUAUUUAUUUUACUAUGAAGUAAAUGUGUUUUUUAACAUAAAGUAGAAGUUUUUGUUUAAAUUUUUCAUUUUGAAAUCAAUGCAUUUUAAAAGAUUAGAAAUUUGCAAUGAUAUAAUGUUAAAAAUAAUAAAUUAUUUUAUCAUGUUUUGGAAAAGAGAUGCACUUGAAAAAAUAUAUUGUCUGUCAUAAUUUAAUCUAUUCUACAGUGUUAGUCAUAUAUUUAUUUUUUAGUGCUAUCAAAAACAGAUGGAAUUUGCAAGUAAAUAUUAUCGUCUGUAAGCAUUAGUAUAUCUGAUUUUCCAAUGAUGCAUGUGUGAGAGGAAAGAAUGUGUUAAAAUAACCUUUGAGAAAAAAACAUGAAAAUUUGACCAUUUUAUAUUGUAUUGUACUUAAAGAUAAAAAUUAACAAAUAUGGUUUUGUUUUAUAUUAUAGCCCUACAUUUAUAUUUGUUAAAAAUUUACUUUUAAAAACUUUAUGAAAAUAUGAUAUAUAUUGAUUUUGAUAAAAGAUUUAUACUGGGAAUGAUUUAGCAAGAAUGUCAAAAUGUUUUUUAUUAUUUUGAAUGAACUGGAAGUAAAAUGUAAAUACAAUUUUUGGAAGAUUAAAAAGUGAGCAGAAGAUGCUAUGGACUAAGUUGGAAUUAUUACUAUAACUUCAAAUGUCAUAUUGCCAUGUUUUAUUCUUGAGCUUUAUAAAGUUGAUUUUAAGCAAAGAAAUAAUAAAGUCAACUAUUUUUUAAUAUUAUGGUUAGCAACACACAAAAAGCAACAUAGUUUUCCCUGUACAUCUUUUAAACUGUCCAAAAAUAAAUAAAAAAUCUAUUUGAAACCUGCUGCAGCUGAAGUCUGUGUCAGCUGCAAUAC